CCGCAAAACCACAACAAACCAAGACUGAUCCGGGAUUUUGAUUUUCUCACGUAAUUUAGCGAGUAUUUUGCAUUUAUUACUACAGUGGGCCCUCCUUGGAUCAAAUAAAAUGGCUCUCGUUCGAUCUUUCCAGAUUCUACUACCGAAGCUGCCCACUGCUGUACCGUUUUUCGGUGGAAAUCUCGCGAACACACUCUCGGAAGCUACCGCCGGCGGCGCCUGGGGUUUCCUCUCCGCACGCACUGUCAUCCGCAACCAAUUUCCGAGGGCGCGCGAAACGAAACGUGUUCGCGUGCACGGUUGGUGGAAACGCAUUUCCACGCUUUCAGGACGCCGGGUGCUGAUGCGAAAGAUACUGAAAGGAAAGCAUGUGCUAUCGCACUAGCUAGAGUUGUCCGUGGUUAAAAAGUUGGUUAAAAUAUAGUUAAAACAAGCAAAAGUGCCAGUUCCGGUUCACGUACCUUUUCUUCCCUCCUUUCAUUCGACGGGUCACCCUGUUUCAA